GAUGGUCAGACGGUAUCUUUAAUCGGCCACACUGUAUAUCGAAGAAAAAAAGCGCCGGAAUUUCGCAAAACUAUUUUUUUAUGUGCCGCAAAUUGUAGAAAAACUUAAUUAAAACUGAGCCUUUACUCGCAUGCGUUGCAGUGGACAACAAAGAGUAUUGGUGGAGCACUAGGUACCCCCCCGAGGACAUUGAUGCAUUGAUAAACAGCUACAGUGAGGCAUCAUGUACAACGGCAUUGGCCUGACAACCGCCCGUGGCUCCGGCACCAACGGCCACGUGCAGCGCAAUUGUGCAUUCGUGCGGCCGGGCAAAAAGGACAAGGACUAUCGCUGCGAAGAUGACAUCAAAAAGUUGGACGCCCAGCUGAAUCGUCCGCCCAACAAGGAGAUUCUUGACCAUGACCGCAAGCGCAAGAUUGAAGUCAAGUGCUUGGAAUUCGAGGAAAUACUCGAAAAGCAAGGACGCACACCGGAGGACAUCAAGUCGCAAGUGGACUCGUUUCGUCAGAAGUUGGUGGGACAAGGGAAGACAGAUGCACCAAAGGAUGAGUUUGGACGCGUAGCCAAUACGACAACCUCCACGGCUAUGGCAGCGGUGGGGAUAACGUCUGCUGCUGCCUCAGUGGCAACCACAACAACAACAACAGCCACCACGUUGCAAGUGGUGAAAGCGAAAAAACGCCGCAAGCGUCGCAAACGCGCAGGUCACGCAAUUGGUGCCGCCAAGACAGUUGCCGCAGCCGCCACAGCCAGCCAUCCCAGCAGUCCUCAUACCCACACCCAAGCAGGAAGCGUUUCCCUACCGACAGUUAACGGUGGCAGGAAGUGCAAGGCCCAAUACUUCCAGCACGACAAUCGGGAGUACUUGGCCAAGUAUGAGAGCUUUCACCUCACGUCCCACCACAUGGCAUCGGGAGCAGCUGCGCUGAACUAUGCGGCGGUGGCAAAGAAGUUCAAGCCCUUGCGGCCGGCGUUGGCAAGCGGCGCCAAGAAAACCAGGCGACCAGGAAUGCCCAGAAAGGUGAACCCUGAGUGCGCCUGCGCCUGCCAAUCCGCAGUGACGGAGCCGGCCGCGGAGCCCAGCCAGCGAACAGCUGCUUCCACGCACCAGGUUCUGCCACUGUCCACGUCACAGUGGGGAAACGGAAACGGAAACGCCAACGCAAACGCAGCAAAAAUCAAUCUCGAUGGCCAGAUACUGCUCGAGCUGCUGAAGCACUCCUCGAACACGUUGCUGGAGACACUGCUCGGUGCUGGCAGUGCUGUGGCAUCGAGUGCUCGCGACACCCAUCAGAUAGCCGAGGCACAGCAGCAAAAGAACGCCAGGCUGCGCGAGGCCUUCAACAUAUCCAGAUACUUUGUGGAGGGCAGCAGCUUCGACAACGAUCGCAAGGCAAAGGAGGAUCUGGCCAAAAGCGUGGCUCUGCAAAAGGAACUGGACGCCCAGCGCGAAAGCCUGGCAGCGGCGGCGGCGGCUGCGGCAGCUGCUGCAGGCAAGGACAAGGAGACAGGCAAGCGAUAUGCUCUGGUCCGUACACCAUCCCGAGAGCGUGACCGGGAUGGCGAGGGCCGUGAAGCUGCCGCUAGUGGCGAUGAGCGCGAGCAUGUCUCAAAGUCGGACAAGAAGAAGCGCAAGAAGCGCGCCAGAGAGAGCUCUGCCAGUCCUGAGCGCAAAAAGGACAAGAAGAAGAAGUCAAAGAAGCACAAGAAAGAGAGUAAGUCCAAAAAGAAGAAGUCCCGCAAGCGCAAGCACAGCGCCAGUGACAGCGACAAGGAUAGCGACAAGGACAGCGACGAGGAGGCGGCGGCCAGCAGUGAUGAGGAGCGUGAUCGCGAUCGUGAGCUAAAGAGCGCACGCAAGAAAGCCAAGAAGGACAAGAAAAAACGCGAGAAGAAGCUUAAAAAGAAGUCACGCGCCCGUGCCAGCUCCUCGGACUCGGAACGCUCCAACUCUCCGUCGCGUAGUGAGCGCAAAGGCAAGAAGUCGGGCAAAACCCGCGGGCCAACAGCUACCAAAGCUGAUGACAAUGGCACAUCGCGGGAUAAUCCCUUCCGAAGUCGGUCCCGCGAGCGUCGCAGGGAAUUAAAGCGGCCCAACGAAUCAUCAGGCGACGGGCGGAAAGAAAAACGAGAGAGCAGCGAUAGCCGCAGCCGACGUCCCAAGUCCAAUGAUCGGGCGCAAGUCACGCGGACUCCGCCUCGCAAAGAGCCGGAAAGGAAACGCGAACGCUCUAGGGAGAAACUUCGAUCAAAAGAAAGACAACGAUCAAAGGAGAGAGUUCAAUCGAAAGAGAGGCCGAAAUCAAAGGAGAGACAGAGGUCGAAGGAACGACAGCGAUCAAAGCAGAGGCAGAAGUCGAAGGAAAGACAACGAUCCAGGGAUAGGCUCCGCUCCAAGGAAAGACAGCGUUCAAAGGAAAGGCUACGCUCUAAAGAGAGGCAGAAAGAUAGGCAAGGAUCUAAGGAGAGACAGAGAUCUAAGGAUAGGCAGAGGUCCAAGGAAAGACAGCGAUCAAAGGCAAGAGUUCAGUCGAAAGAGAGACUGCGAUCGAAGGAGAGAGCGCGAUCUAAGGAUAAACCACUGGCUGUUGAAUCCAAGCGAGACCGGUCAAAGGACCGCCAACGAUCAAAGGAGAGGAAGCGAUCGGUCGAAAAGGCAUCCUCCAAGGAGCGAGAUAUGUCCAAAGGCCGGCAAAGAUCCAAGGAGAGACAGCGCUCGAAAGAGAGACGACGUUCCAAGGACCGUGGUCAGAAAUUUAAUGAGAAAAGGCGCUCCAAGGAUCGACAGCGAUCAAAGGAUCGUCAACGAUCCAAGGAGCGACAGGGACUGGUACCACGCCUAGCCGUGUCCAAGGAGCGCACCCACAGGCGGGAGGAUAGCGAUAGGCGCCAGCGUUCGACUUCGGCCAAACAUCCAUCCGAAAUCCGCAAGCCGACUCGCAGUUCUAGAUCACUUUCCCGUUCCCGCAAGCAGCAGUUGCCGCCCGCAGCUGUAUCUAACAGCCGACGCAGUCAUUCCCCAGAGAUGCCACCCAAGAAGACUGCGGCACCGGCAUUCAAUCCCUUCAAGGCUGCAGAAGACACUGUAAACGAUAUACUGGGCACCAAGUCGGUGAUUGUGGAACUGGAGAAGACCAAGCGCAAGCGGGCAGUCUCCAGCUCUAGCUCGGCAUCGGGGAGCUCCAGUAGCAGCUCGUCGGCAUCUCGGACACCUUCGCCGAAGCCCAAGCCUGGCAAACUGCGACGACGCAGCAAAACACCCGAUCCGAUCAAGAAGGAGAGGAGUCCCAAGCGAGAACGUCGUACACCGCGCCAGAGCAGCGUGAAGCGCGAACGAUCCAGCACUCCGCAGAAACCCAAGACAAAGAGUAAGGCAACCACACCCAGCCCGAAGCCGACAAAGCGACGCUCACGCAGCUCAACCUCUUCGGAGUUGCGCUACUCGCCAGCAGAACGUCAUCCAGAGCGCUACCAGGACAUUAUCCAAGACAAGAAGCGGCCAUCGAAGGCACGCGACUCUACCACAUCGAAGCCAGCGCCAGUGGUGCGCCUGAGGGCCCAGAGCGAUGAUGGCAGCGAUGCCGAUGCUAGUGGCUCGAAUGUGGAUGCGGCAGUACUUGACGAGUUUCAACAGAGCAAGCAGGAGCGCGAGGAAUUGCAGGAGCUGCGAAUGCUGGAGCAGCUAAAGUCGGGGAUAGCCGCCAAGGCAAAGCAGAAGAUCAAGACCAUGGAGAAAAACGGAGAGGCGAGCAAGGACUCUGCCAAGGAGGGCAGUGAAGUAAGUGGCAACGAACUGGUGACGGCUACUAAACGUAAUUCGCUAAGUGAAUUCCUUGUUGCUAACAAUGUAACCGCUUUGAUUAACCCAUUGACAACGACUAUGACUACGACAACGCCACCGCCACCCAUGGCUGUGAUCCUACCGCAGGCACAGCCACAUCCGCAGCUACAGGAGCAGAAGCCGCAGCAGCAUCAGUCUGUGGAGGAGCUAAAUCAUAAAAGAGACGGCACCACGACGCCGCCCAUUUGCAAAGCGCCCCAAGUGGCUGCCAAUGGCGAUGCCAAGGGUCCGCCAACAACGAACUUGAUAGUCAAGAUCCAUCAAAGGCCUCCACAGCAGCCGCAGCAUCAGCUGCAGCACCACCAGCAGUCGCAUCAACAUCAGCAUCCACACCAGCAGCAGCAUUCGCAUCCGCACCAGACAAAGCGAAUCUUUCACAAUCGAACGCUGAACAAUAACCCUAACAGUAGACAUAAUACUAACAACAACAACAACAGCAGCAACAAUAGCAACAACAUUCAUGCAUGUGGUGGUGGUGUCCCUCAUUCCAAUAGCAAUCCCGGCAUGCUGCCGUUUCUGGCCGGCACGCCGGGCACCUACAACCGCACAACGAACCGACUCAAUCACGGUCCGCUGCUGACGGCCACCCACUACAAUAUAUGCAAGAACCAUCAGAACAGCAUGCAACAGCAGGCUCUGCUCGGUCGCCGCGACCAUCAGCAGCAGCAUCUGGCGCAUGGUCUUGUCUAUAACCCUAGUCUCUUCGGUCUUGGGCAGCAGCAGGCAUUGCUGGCCGCUGGCGGUCAGCAUCAUGGACGCCAUGCCGUUGGGGGUCUGUUGGGCCUGAGCGGUGGCGGCGGACCAGCUGCGGGCCUGGCCCUGCUUAGUCAUCCCCAGCAUGCGCGGACCGGUAGCAUUAGUUUCAACGCGGCUGCAGCGGCUGCGGCCGUGGCAGCCAAUAGUAUAAGCUAUCAUCAUCAUCACCAGCAACAGAAACCGAAAAUUGUAAUUAAACCAUUCAAACUUCUGGAUCCACAGCCCUUAGUUGCGGCACUCGCCGACAGCAGCCUGGUGGACGCCAUUGUCUCGAAGGUAUCCACGGCAACGGUGGCCGCAGCGGAGAGUGCAGCGCGUCGCAGUCGAAGCCGCUCACGCCGCAGCAGCCACAGUCGCAGCAAGCGACGCACGAGUGGCAGCCAUCAUCAUCAUCACUCCAGCAGUCGCUCAAGAUCACGCUCUAGCUCCAGCAGCAGUGCCAGUGGCUCGCGCAGUUCUAGGUCCCGCUCUGGCUCGCAAUCAUCUCGUUCCAGCUGCUCUUCGCAGAGCAGCUCGGGCAGCUCCUCCAGCAGCGGUUCAGGCACAUCACAAUCCGGAUCACGUUCCCCCUCCAUACCACGGCGUCGGGGCUCACCCAGCUUUCUAGACAGACGUCGCAUUACGAGUGCUCGCAAGCGGCCCAUUCCCUACCAUCACAAGGGAGCCGGAGGCACGGAGGGUGCGGGUGCUCCCGAGGCGGAGGAUGCGUCCAGCUGCUGUUCGAGCUGCUUCAGUCGGGCCAGCACACCGGCCACACCCAUCUGUACUCCUCUGCGUAACAGUCGGAGCCCCUCGAUGGCCGCCUUUUGAGUGUUAACCGAUUCGCUGCGCAAAAUGUGCGGCGAGUCGUGAGCGA